CAUGCCAUGCCACAGCAGCACGGCAGCUGGCUCUCCUCUCCUGCUGGCAGCUGCUUGUGUCUGAAUACAGGAUGCUCACAGACUAACCUGUCACGGUCUUUGUGUUUUACAGGGGCCAAAUGUUCUCUGGUUCAGGACACAUGAUGAUGGAAACCGUUUUAUGAAGCUUUAACUUUUCAGAGGUCUUAAACCUAAUUCAGCAACUUCCUUUCCCUGCCCCCCCCCUCCACUCCUUGUGAACAGAAAUGGCUCCUGCUUUGACUAUAUUUGGGGCUGUUAAGAAGAUUUGUGCCCUUUUUGUGACAAUAGGGAAAAAGUCAGGGCUUCGUGCUCCUGUGCCUCAGGGUGCAGACCAGGGAAGUGCGAGUAGAGUGUGCCCUCAGUCCCUGCAAGGGCACCUCAAAUCCCUGAGUCCUUCCUAGACACAGUCCCCAACAAGCCCCGCUUCCAGGGAGUGGAGAUACCCCUGGCUGGAGGAACUCAGCGAGGCAUUUAUGCCUCGCCCGCGAUGCCUGGCAGCCGGCUGUGCGGCUCCCAGGGAUGACAGAGCAGCUCAGCGGCUGGCUCGCUGCAGUUGUCAUCUGUGGUGGAGCCAGUGAUUACCCAGAGAGCCCCAAUGAGCUUUGUCUCGCUGUCAGCUCUGCUCAAGCUCUUCCCUCUGUGUUCCUGCCGGGUGCCGACGGGCGCUCCCGGCUGACGUGCGACGAGCUUGCGAAACGAGCCCGCUCAGCAAGCCGAGCGAUAAGCCGAGGCUUUGUCCUCUAAACUUGUCCGUGGCCGGAGCCAGUGUGGCUGUUGGUGCAACCCUUGUGACUUGGGCUCGGAACAUGGGCAACCCCUCCAGCCUGCCGCAGCAGACAUUUUGAUGCUGUGCUGGUACCAGUGGGAGCGUGCAUGGGCGCUGUGGGACAUGUACAGCCCUUACAGCAGGGGCUGCAGUGGAGUGAGGAAAAUAACCCCCAAAAUAGCAGCAGGUUUAACUCGGACAAAGCAGAAAUCUUCUGAAAAGCCAGCACGAUGGCAAAGUCUGAUCUCUGUUCCAAAUGGCUUUUGUCUGCAGCUUCAUAGCUUCUGGUCAUGUGCUGCAGCACUCCUCUAAACCUUCUCACUCUGAAACCCAGACAAACAAAGGCCCUCUCUGCACUAGCAGGGAACAGAUUUAUUUUUCUCUCUGUCUUUACGGUUCCUCAAAUACCAUAGGGACCUCUGUUUGGACUUGUUCCCUUGAGACAUAAGGGUAAUACCAAAUCUCUGUUAUCCUCAUGAACCCACACAGCCGUGCCACCCAAACUGAACUGUCAGUGGGAGCUGGGGCGAGAUGAGGGUUGAGCUCACUCCUCCCCACAUGCUGCUGCUGGUGCUGGAGCUCACAGGGGGCAGGUAUGGCUCUGCCUUCUUCCCACACACAUGGGGCCAGAGACAUUGGCUGCAGUGGCAACUGGAUGUCUCGGCCUUGUGAAUUUCGAAUGCUUCAUAUCACAUAUUCCAGAGUCUUUCAGAAAAUGCUGGAUGGUGACACCGAUGUUCUCCACCGUCUGAUUUUAUAUAUCUUUGAAGCUUGUAGGUAAGGAGAUGGAGUCUUUGCCAGUGACUCCACCAACAUGUUCAACCAUCAGACUCUUAUUUGGGCCCCCACACAGGGAUGUGGUGACCACUGGUGGUGACCACUGGUGCCCACUGGUUCUCUCUUUGCCCCUGCAGAGGGGCAAGGAGAGAACCAGGGAGUAAAUGGGGGCGGGCGCAAAUGGAGGGCAGUAGAUUCUGGCUCCAAGAGGGCUCCUCUGGCCUCAGUUCUGAUGUGCCCAUGGAGCUCAGUCCUUGACAGCUGCUCAGGUGGUUGUUCCUGUGUACAUGUGGCCCAGGAUGGGGAGCAUGGAGCCAGAGGGGGGUCACACGAGAAGCAGAAGGAGCAUUGUAGGACUGCUGCACCUCACAACCCAAGCACGUAAGGCCCUGGAUGGCCUGCCCCGGACGCAGUGCUGCUGGAGGACAAGGCUCCACCUCACCCCACUCCUUCCCGGCUGGCAAGCUCCAUGGAUUGGUGGUGUGUUGGCAACAGGUCAUAUCCACAUCCAGGAGGUCUUGCAGGCAUUUGGGAGGUGAUACAUGUCUCAUUACCUCUGCUAGGACCCAGCAUGUGACCUGGCACAGCCUCCAGCAAACAGAGCACUUUGUUCUGACCCUUUGCACUUCCCUGCCAGCGAGCUGCCCUCUAAUCCCCCCAAGGAGGGAUUUUCCUCUCCCCCCCCAGCUCCCUGUGCCUCAAUCCCCUUUGAGAGAGGUCCAGGGUAAUCAUUUACUGCCUGCCACAAGCCACUCCUUCGGACUUUUUCUUCGACCUUCAGGCUGAAUUACCAAAAUAAAAACAACGGGAAGAAGAGCGGUACAUGCUGCUUCCCACAGCGGGAGUGUGGCAGUGCCUGUCUGCCCUGCUGCUGGAUCCCAGGAGCCCUGUUCCCCACACCUCGCUCUCUGCAGGAGGAGAAACAUCUGCGUGCUCUGCUUCCCGAGGACACCCUGUGCUGGCAGCUGAGCUCCUAACCCUGUUCCAGCUGGCUUAUGUUCGUGGCCUGGAUGGAGCCCUCCUCCACUGCUCUGGGCAAGACAAAGGAACUCAUCAAGCACGGCCGGGAGAGGAUAGGGCAAACCAUCAAGGCCUCCGGCUCCAGGCUCUGCUCGUACUUGCUCUUCUUUUUCCAAGUGCUGAACGAGUUGCUUUUUUAAUGGAUCGUUCCCGGAGCCCAGACAAAAGCACCCAGCCUUCAACACCAACUGACAACAUCAACCUUGGACCUUCUGCUAACCCCAAUGCCAAGCCAACAGACUUUGACUUUCUGAAGGUUAUUGGCAAAGGAAGCUUUGGAAAAGUUCUCCUGGCCAAACGCAAGUGUGAUGGGACUUUUUAUGCAGUGAAAGUCUUGCAUAAGAAAACCAUCCUCAAGAAAAAGGAGCAAAAUCACAUCAUGGCGGAGCGCAAUGUGUUGCUGAAAAAUGUCAAGCACCCCUUCCUUGUGGGACUCCAUUACUCCUUCCAGACCUCGGAGAAGCUUUACUUUGUACUUGACUAUGUAAAUGGAGGAGAGCUCUUCUUCCACUUGCAAAGGGAGCGCUGUUUCCGUGAACCCCGGGCCCGGUUCUAUGCUGCAGAAGUUGCCAGUGCAAUUGGGUACUUGCAUUCCUUAAACAUCAUUUACAGAGACUUAAAACCUGAGAACAUUCUCCUGGAUUGCCAGGGACACAUAGUAUUGACAGACUUCGGACUGUGCAAAGAAGGAAUGGAGCAAGAGGAGACAACUUCUACUUUUUGUGGCACUCCUGAGUACCUGGCUCCUGAGGUGCUAAAGAAGCAGCCCUAUGACAGGACAGUAGACUGGUGGUGUCUAGGAGCUGUCCUCUAUGAAAUGCUGUUUGGACUGCCUCCUUUUUACAGCCGGGAUGUGUCUCAGAUGUAUGACAACAUUCUGCACAAGCCACUCCAGAUCCAAGGAACCAAGACGGUAGCAGCUUGUGACAUCCUCCAGGGACUCCUCCACAAGGAGCAGAAGAGGAGGCUGGGUGCCAAAACAGACUUUCUUGAGAUAAAGAACCAUGUAUUCUUCAGCCCAAUAAACUGGGAUGAUUUGUACCACAAGAGGAUUACCCCUCCAUUCAACCCCAAUGUGGCUGGUCCAGCUGAUCUGCGACACUUUGAUCCAGAGUUCACCCAAGAAGCAAUCUCUGCCUCCAUCACCCACACACCUGACCUAGCAGCCAGCAGCUCCAGUGCCUCAGAUGCAUUUUUAGGAUUUUCUUAUGCACCAACUGAAGAGGACAUCUAAGUUUUACAAAGGCUUUGAGAAGCCAGAUUUUAAAUGAAUAGGUUUUAUGUUUUUUUUUUUGUUUUGUUUUGACUGGGUUUUUGGGUUUUCUGUUUGUUUGCUUGUUUGUUUGUUUUCUGUUGGUUUUUUGAGAGGAUUUUGUCCUUUGCUCAUGGCUUAAGGAAAUUGGGACUAACACACUAACUGGCUGGGAUGGAACAGAGCUCAACUUUUGCUGUUUGGUGGAUUUCCCCCAAAUAUUUCCCUGCCAGGACUGUUUCCCUGGCAGAGAAAGUGGGACACUGAUUAUGGUUUUCCCUCUGAGUGUCUUGUACUACUUGGCAGAAUUGUGUUCACCCUGUGGUUGUAUUUAUGGUUGAGGUAUGUGCCAUCAUUCACAUCAACAGCCAUGUCCCUGUAACUGGCCACCUUUUUCCCCUUUGUUUUUCCUUUUUGUUUUUGUUGGGGAGCUGUGCCCAGCUCUGUCCAACUGCUUUCCCCACCUACUCAAUUGAGAAGGGAAUUCUUCACACAACCAUGAAUAUUGGCUUCCUUCCUUUAAGUAGACUGUGUCACUUAAGCCACUCAUUCUGGGCUGAGCUGGGCUGAGGGAAAACUGUUCACCAAUUGUUGCUCCAAAGGCAGCUGCAGGUCUGCAAAUCCUGAACUGCACUGGGGCCUUUGAUGCCAGCCAGUCUCUCCCCAAGGUGAGUGGAUCAUCUCUCUGGGUGAAUUAGGAUGCUGCUGAAGCACUAAGGAGGCUGUUAUGGAGGAGCCAAUGUGUGGGAGGAAUAUCCCAGAUCAAAGGGGUGGGGAAGAGGCUGAAUUGCUUGGAAAAAUAACUCUAUGGCUGAACCCUGCUUGGGGUGGGGGGUGUCUUUCACAGCAUGUGCUUGACUUGCCCAUGACACAUCAACACAACUGUGAGGAGCACGUGGAGUACAGGAUAGUGCACAGCAAAGGGUGGCCAGCAGUGCCAGGGUCCAGUACUCAUCUGAAAACACCCAUCACUGAUGUUUAACAGUUAUUUAUUCUGCCUUAAUUUAAAUGCUGGUGUAUUCAUUGAAUAUCGCUUCCCACUUUUUCUUUUUUAAGCUGUUUUAUUUCGUUGCUGUGGGGAAAAGAGGGGGAUCUUAGAGCUUCCACUGUAACCCAGGGAUAAACAAGGGACUUUCUGCAAGUUGUGUGGUGCUCAUGCUAUGGGGAAGCUUGUGCUGGAACUUUUUUUUUUUUUAAUUGGACUUUAUCUUAUGUAUGCUGAAGUCAUGGGGAAUAUGACAUGGUUUAUAUUAAAGUGCAAACACUGAUGUGCAUCCA